CCAAAUAGGAAACUUUAAAUUUUUUUUAUCUCGUAAUCCGUGAGUCUCCGCAACUUGAAAUUUUGCAAAAAGCUUUCUAUUUAUGAGUACUAUGACAAAAAAAUUGUGAACUUCCAAAUCGACAGACCAUAAAGGAAAGGUUAGCCAACGGCUAACUUAUGUCGGACAUUUUAUAAACAAAUUUAUAAUCCUUAAAACCCAAUAGAUAACAAUGUUUUUUUCGACCAAAUCAUCGUAAAGCAUGCCUAAUAACUGAUAAAAUUAAAAUCGAAUGAAUAUUUUUUCACCUUAUCUGUUAUCUUAAAUUAAAACUUGCAAAACUGCUAAAGUCACUACCUACCUACCAAUUUAUUUUUGUUAAACAAAGAGUGUAGGUUUUAUUUAAGUUAUAAUUAGAACUAGAUACAAUGACAACUGUGCAUAACAACAUCGUAUCAGGUCCAGAAGAAAGGCCCAUUCCAGCUCAUUUAUCAUUUGGUCAAUAUUUGUUUGAUCAACUAAAAAAAGGUGGAGACCGUGUAGCGCUGGUGAGUGCAGAAACUGGAGAACCUAAAAGUUACAAUUUUUUUUUACAAAAUAGUGUUAAUUUAGCACUGACUCUCCAAGAAUUGGGACUAAAGAAAGGUGAUGUAGUCUCCCUAAGCAGUGAAAACCGAUUUGAAUUUAUUGUAACUUCCCUAGCCGUUAUAUACUGCGGAGGUGUUCUCUCUACACUUAAUAUAACAUAUUCACCAGGUGAAAUUAUUCAUAUUCUUAACAUAACAAAGCCUAAGUUUGUAUUUACUUCGCCAAUCACAGCUCAGAAUGUGUAUGAUAGUUGUAAAGAUCUAUCAUAUGUGAAACACAUCAUUACAUUUGGAGACUUUGAUGUAAUCCCAGGCCUUAUGUACAAUGACUUAAUGAAGAAGGAACAUAAUAAUGUGGAAGAUUUCUCAUUAGUUGAUGUAAAUGGAGUCGAGGAUACUGUUGCAGUCAUGUGCUCAUCAGGCACAACCGGCUUGCCUAAGGGUGUUAUGCUCACACAUGUCAACUUUCUGACAUUAUGUGCUCAUUAUAAGUAUUAUUUUGAUUCUGUGCAAGAGAAGAAGAAAGUUCCAAUAGUGACUGGUUUAGCACUGAUACCUUGGUUCCAUGCAUAUGGUUUCAUAACUACAUUUGCUCUAAUGGCAAUGAAAAUCAAAAUUGUCUUUCUAAUUCGGUUUGAGGGUGAACAGUUUUUGGAAACAAUUCAAAAUUAUAAGAUAAACAUGACCACAAUUGUACCUCCAUUGGCAGUUUUCCUAGCAAAACAUCCACUGGUACUUAAAUAUGAUUUGUCUUCUUUGCAUGAAGUGUGGUGUGGAGCAGCUCCACUUUCAAGUGAAAUACAAAAAGCUGUCACCAAAAGGACGGGUAUUGACUUCAUUAAACAGGGUUAUGGCUUAACCGAGGCAACAAUGGCUUGUUGUGUUGAUUUAACCAGUGGUGAAAAAGUAGGAUCAUGUGGUACACCUGCCCCUGGCAUGAAAAUUAAGGUUCUAGACAUAGAGAGUGGAGAGAAAUUAGGUGUGGAGCAAGAAGGCGAAUUAUGGAUCAAGACGCCGUUACGCAUGAAGGGAUACAUGGGCGACAAAGCUGCGAGCGACGCCCUGUUCGAUGGCGAAGGCUACGUCAGGACUGGCGACAUUGGAUACUAUGACAAAGAUGGAUUUUUUUAUAUUGUCGAUAGGUUAAAAGAACUUAUCAAAUAUAAGGGAUUCCAGGUAGCUCCGGCUGAAUUGGAGGCCUUAUUGCUACAACAUAGCGGAGUCGCCGACGCCGGUGUAGUGGGUCUACCGGACGAGCUCGCGGGAGAACUGCCCAUUGCUUUCGUUGUGCCACAGCCUAACUCAAACGUGACCGAGAAGGAGCUAAUAGAAUAUGUUGCUUCAAAGCUAUCACCAGCCAAACAUUUAAGAGGAGGUGUAAUAUUUAUCAACGUAAUACCAAAAAAUGCUUCAGGGAAAAUACUGCGUCGUGAGCUGAGGACCAUGUUAAAUUUAAGCAAAAGAGCAAACUGUAACAUUUUGUAUUAAAAAAAAAAACUAAGUGCCAUGUAAUAGUUUUGAACCAUAAUUUAUUCACAAUGUUAUCUUUUCAUUUGUUUGUUAAAUACAAUUUUAUAAUAAACA